UUUUGUUUGCCCUCACAGAUAGUUUAUCAUAUUCAUCAAUAAUGAACGAAUAUUUAUGGGAAUUUGCCCAAAAAAUACCCAGCGAUAAUCAGUUCCAAGUCGUGUUAAAGUCCGCGUUGUUACAAACAGCUUCCGCUGGCGCAGAUGUUGGGAAGACGAACGAUAAGUGGAUGUGCCGCAAGUGUAAAACGUUGUGGAUGCAUGGUUACUUCCACGUAGACGAGAUCAAAAGUACCAAUCGAUACGAUAAGCUGCUGGAAAAAUACCGGAACAAAGCCGUCCGAACGAAGAAACAACAGUCACAUUUUGAUUAUUUGAUGAGCCGUAAGCGUGUAACCGCGAAAUACACCUGUAAGCUUUGCUCGUACAAAACCCGCAUCACCACAGCCAAUAAGAAUCCCACGAUUUCGGAAUCGAAAAAGGAAGAAGCUGUUCCAUCGGCGGUCAACAGCAAGAAAAAGAAACGCAACCGUGAUGUAAAUGCGGGGCUUAACAUACCUUUCGCGAAAAGCAGUCCUCAGAUUGCUGCGAAAAAAAGUUCGAAGGCAUCUUUUAACUCGAAGGAGCCCAAUCAUCUGAACGCUUUGGCCAUCAUGUUGAAGAAGAGCUCGGAAGGGAUGUCAUCUGCGGGGUCUUUGAAGCCCCAAGACCGAUUGAAAUUGUUUCUUCAAUAAGAUUAAUAUUUAAUGAAUAAUAAUCUAAAACAAUUAAAGUGAUCACUGAUGAAUCAUACUUUUCAUUGAGUAAGUUUAGAGGAUCAGGAUAGUAUAGUGUAGGUACCUAACCAAUAGCACAAUGUUCAACGUAACAGUAGAAUGCGUGAUUGUAACAAUAUAUUUUUUUUCAAUAGCGCUUAGGGUAACUUGAGUAUCAUAGAAGUUUUCUUUUUUCAGAGAGAUGACAGCAUCAAUUUCCUAUAUCAUGCUUCCUUACGGUUUAAGAUGACAGCUGGUCGAUAUCUUCUGCGGGAUGUUCAGUUCAAUGGAAUUUGCUCUUUGACGAUCUAAAAUGGUAAGUUUUGUAUUACUGAUAUGUUUCUUUAAAUAAAGGCAAAAAUGUA